AUGAAAUUGCUGGUCUGUUAUUGGAUAUUCGUGGGCUUUAUUUGCCUUACUCGAAGUCAGGGCGAAAUUGAGAAUGUUAGAAGGAUAAUGAAGGAAUUGGAGGUGAUCCCGGAGAUUUUAGAAGGGCCUCCCAGGGAGUUACUUAGGAUAAAAUAUGAUAAUUCCCUUGACAUUGAGGAGGGCGAGAUCUACACACCGACAGAGCUGAAGUUACAGCCCAGACUGGAUUGGAGUGCCGAUCCCGAGGCCUUCUACACCGUGGUUAUGAUCUGUCCCGAUGCUCCGAAUCGCGAGAAUCCCAUGUACCGUUCCUGGCUCCAUUGGCUGGUGGUCAAUAUUCCCGGAUUGGAUAUUAUGAAGGGUCAGGCUUUAUCCGAAUACUUUGGUCCUCUACCACAGAAGGAUAGCGGAGUUCAGCGGUAUCUCAUUCUGGUGUAUCAGCAGUCGGGUAAACUGGACUUCGAUGAGAAGAAAAUCGAGCUAAGCAACGCCGAUGGGCAUAGCAAUUUUGAUGUUGAGAAAUUUGCGGACAAAUAUGAAAUGGCUCCUCCAGUGGCAGGAAACGUAUUCCAGUCCAGGUGGGAUGAAUUCGUGCCGGAACUGAUAAAGACACUCCAUGGAGUCAAUGAGUAGAUAUCCAAGAGUUUUGAGCGGUGGUUAUGUUCCUUGGUUGAGUUUUUAAAUGUUUUGUUUUCUGUUUGUCUUAAAUAAAGUGUUGUAGUUAGUCUUCAGCAUUCCAAA